AUGUCGGGGAUCUCAUCACUUAAGUCCUUUCUUAAUUCUCACUUCCAAACAAAAGAUCUGAGCCCGUUAAAGUACUUUCUUGGAAUUGAGGUUUUGAUAAGUAAGAAAGGAAUCUUAUUGACUCAGAGGAAGUAUGUUCUUGACCUGUUGAAGGAAACUGUAAAGUUAGGGGUUGCGCCAAACAGUUUUCCUAUGAUUUAUAAUCCACUACUUGAUGCUGAUAGAAGCAUACUAUUUGAGAAUCCCAUUGAUGCUGCUAAAAGCAAGCCGUUUGAAAAUCCGGAGAGGUAUCGAAGACUGAUUGGAAAAUUCAAUUAUCUUACUGUGACCCGUCCUAAUAUCACCUAUCCAGUCAGUGUACUUAGCCAGUUUAUGGUCUCGCCUACUAUCAGACAGUGGGAAGCUUUAGAGCAUGUCUUUCAUUACUUGAAGGGGUCUCUAGGUCAUGGGAUAUUAUACAAAAAUCAUGGUCAUACAGAUAUUGAGUGCUUUUGUGAUGCUGAUCAUGGUGGUUCAAAGGCCACAAGAAGAUCCACUACAGGAUAUUGCGUCUUUGUGGGAGGAAAUUUGGUGUCCUGGAGGAGUAAGAAGCAGAAUGUGGUGUCACGAUCAAGUGCAGAAGCAAAAUAUAGAGCUAUGGCACAAUCUGUGUGUGAGAUAGUCUGGAUACAUCAGUUAUUGAAGGAGGUUGGUCUUAAAACCUCGUUACCAGCAAAACUGUGGUGCGACAAUAAAACAGCCUUACACAUAGCUUCUAAUUCGAUAUUCCAUGAACGUAAAAAACACAUUGAGAUUGAUUGUCAUUUUGUUCGGGAUAAACUCAAGGAAAAUUCAUCUCAACAGGACACGUGA